AGAGAAGGAAGGAAAGGAGAGGAAAGAAGUCCAAGGCCCCCAUCGAAUGGUUGAAUUGGCACGGUUGAAGCGUAGGUAUAGCUGCUUGGACGGAGCCGCUCGCGUACGAGCCGAAGUGCGCGCGCAGCCGUACGCUAGGAUCAGUCGUACGGUAGUCGUGAGAGGGCAGGCGCCCCCUCCGCAUCUCUCCUCGUCUGGUCUGGGCCGCAGAGCGGCGCACCGUGUGUCGAGCCGAGCCGAGCCGAGCCGAGUCGGUCAAUACUCCGGGCAACGCGGUGGUGAGAGCACACGACCACGGUCGCCCCGUACUCGUGCACGCCGUCGCUCGGAAGCGGCGACUACGCACUCUCUCUCUCUCUCCUCUCUCCUCGCGGAUUCGUGUCGUCUCUCGGCCGAUAAUCGAACGCGUAAUCUUGGUGGCGAGCGUGGAUCCGGAAGGGACGCCAGCCGGAGGACCGGGCGCCGAUCUAUUCUCGCCGUGAUCUACCUCCGCCGUGAACGGACGCUCGCGAUACGUACACACAAGCGCACACACAAGCGUAACACAGGCACGCAGAGAGGAGGACACGCGUGGCAGGCAGCCGAACGCAUCCCAUCGCAUCUCGUCCCAUCCUUGUUUCCCAACGUAUAUACGCGGUGCCCGGUUGGCAGCGUUCUUCUCUCAGCCUCGAAACGGCCGCGUUCCUCGGCGAGAAACGCAGCAACGAUGCCACGAGCCUGCUUCGUGUUCCAGUACGGUUCGUAAGGAAGGAAGGAAGGAAGGACACGAGUGUGGGAUCAGGACGCUGGUGACACGGGUCCCGGGUGUUCCAUCAACAUUCCCGCUUGUGCUCGCUCGUGUUCAAAUUAUCGCGGACAGUGAUAUUGUGUGCGACGAAUUCCGAAAUAGUCGAGGAUCGAGGAUCGAGACCCGGAAUCUCAACAUAUACGCUCAACUAUGAAUCCUGGAGCGUGAUGGACAAGCUCGAGUACGCGACCACGACCAACUUGCGGCUACGCCUCGCCGGCAUGCUCAUGGAUAUGUGGAUAUUCUUCCUGUUCGUCGCCAUUGCCGACGUGGCGGCCUCGGUGGAGGUUCACUUCGAGAACAAAGAUGGCGGAUUUUUCCUGAAGCACAUACCGAGGCAGUACUAUCCCGUGAGGGGGGACUCGAUCUCUGCGAUAUCCCCGUCGACGGGGACGCUGUCGAACAACGGGGGGGCCCCGUCGCCUGCACCGGGCUCGGUCCUCUCCAUAGACAAAUUCACCGUGUUUCAGACGAGCGAGCCCGUCUCGGUGCGGGCCACUUACGGCCCAUUUAGCACGAAGCAAACCGUGCCCGCCCGUUACAUAGUGCCGGAUCCAUUGGACGCGCUCCCCGGCCCGGAAACGAGGCGGAAUCUCACGGCUGCGACGAUUCUGGACGCGCAGGAGCUGGGCGCCCGUCACCUGGACAUGUCCGCCCAUCUGGUCGGGAGCAGCGUGCCUCGCGACUCGCCCGUGCUCAGAGUCCUGUUCCACGCCGGAAGCGAGGCGGGCGGAAGGCGCCAGUUGCUCCUUGCCCGCCAUCAGAGAGUGUGCGUGGUCCUUCACGCGAGCCUUGCCGCCCCGUCGAGGAGCACCGUUAACAGGAACAACGGGAGGGCUUACUCCUCUUCGUCUUCCCCAUCCUCCUCCUCCUCCUCCUCCUCCUCCGCUUCCUCCUUCUCGAGCUCGUCGUCCACUUCCGCUCUAACGGCAGCGUGCAGCCCCGACGGGGAGAACGGAGUUUGCCUGGCGCAGAUCACCAUACCCGCCGAUUGGUGGGCACCGUUACCACCGCCGGACGCUUCCGGCCGGGUCAAGGUCGCCAAGAGCCUGCCCAGGCUCGUGCAGGUCGCCUACUCCGUGCUCGAGCCACGCACGGAGGAGGCAGGCUCGGCCGACAACGGGGCAGGCUUCUGCAGGCCGAGGGUCCAGAUCCAACCCGUCACGCCGCUCGGUCAGGUGCCCCUCGCUCCGAACCGGGCCGAUUACAAGGAGCUCAAGGCCGACGAUUCGCUCACUCUUCUGGUGCCGCACGGCCCCCUCUACCCGAGGUCCCGGCUGCACGUCCCGGCGUUCCUUCAUCCGUCCAAGACCACCGAUCCGAGGCAGGAGAGGGCACCGCUCGUCAUCGCAGUAUACCUUAGGGCCAGGGUGAAAUCCGGCGUGAAAAUCUUGGACGCAUCGUCCAGCAACCCGGACUGGAUCGUCGACAGCAAGAUCAACGCGAAGAACACGAUCGCUACGUUCACCGCGAGGCGAAAGGAGAAUGCCUCCCGAUUACCAAGCGCAUCGGCGGAGGAGAUCCUGACGAUGCUUCUCGAGGCGAGCGAGGAGGGGAUGGAGGGGAAUUGGGACGGUGGUCGGAUCGUGUGGAGCGUGCGUUACGCUUUCGACAACGGGUCCCUGUUGAACGGGAUGGAUCAGCUGCAGCAGAGAUUGCAGCAGAGGCAGAUGCAGCAACAUCAUCAUCAUCAUCACGCCGAGAGGCGGAAGCUCCAGGUUCGUCUUGAGAUACAGAAGGACGAUAUACAGGCUGUCCUGCCUAUAUCCAAGAACUGGGAGGUGAUGAACACGGCGGUGUUGACCGGGCGGCAAGUGUCGCAGGGGAUGAAGGUGUUCAUCGUGAGCCAAGCGGGAACCGUGGCCGACGUCACGCUGCAAUCCUCCUGCCACUCGGAGGACGAGAGUGUUCUCAAGGUGUCGUCCUCGUGUAGCAGCGUGUACGUGGACGGAACGGAGAUACGGGGCUCGAGCAACGCUUCCGUCCUCGUCAAAUACGGCACGUACACGGGCCUGGCUAAAUUCACAGUUUGGAUGCCGGAAUUCCCUUUGGAGAUGACCGUGGCAGAUACGAGAUUGAGCCAGAUCAAAGGGUGGAAAGUGGCCGAGGAGCACGUAGCCGGGGCGAAGAGCAAACGCAGUUUGAACUCGACGUUCUCGCGGCCGGACGAGCCGAUCCCCCCCCUCCCCAGGACGAGAAAGAGGAGCGCCGCGGAAUUGGAGGACACCUCGAUGGAUAUCGAGGACGCGGACGUGAUCUUGGAGGAGGACGAGCAGGAGGAGAGAUUUCGUGGGAACGAUAACUGGGAUGCUAUUAACUCCAUCGACAGGGGGCCGUCGACCAAUUGCAGGCUCCGUUUCCAGCAGAGCCCGGUCGAGGUGCACGCGAGAUUCCUGGCCACCGACCACGAUUCCGGCCGAGUAUCCUAUUUCGUGAAUCGUCGAACUUGGCUACGAGUGACCGAUCUGGUGAACGGGAUGCUCCGGGUUUCGGAUCCAAGGAUCGCCGACCUGUUGCAGGGAAGGAUCGUGCAGGGUCGUGGGGUGGGGAGGACGGAAGUGCAGGUUCUUUCGCCGAUCACGAGCAAAGUGAUCGGCGCGAAGGAAGUGCGAGUGGGCAACGAUCGAGUGGCGAUCACCAGGUUGUCCGUCAGAGUGGUGUCCGGUUUACAACUGACCAUCAGCCCCGAUACCGCUAUAGAGAAUGGAUACGUGGCGGAAACGUCGGUCACGAGGAAGUUGACCGCUCAAUAUCAGGAGGGUCUGUUGGAUAUAGACGUGGAAUUCUCGGACGGUACGAGAACACCGCUGAGAGAGAUCGCCGUGAACGACUAUCAUUUGUUGGUGGAGAGUUUAGAUCCGGAAGUGGUGGCGUUCGCCCCGAUGGUCGCCUCUCAUCAUCCGCGAGUGAUCGCAGUGGGCGAGGGGCGAGGCGAUUUGUUACGGGUCAGUCUUCAACUGGCGGAUGCCUGCCGCCUGACCGGCAGGAGGUCCGGGAAGGUGUCUCAAAGGGCGACCGCCGCCACCCUCGCCACCGCUUCAGCCAACGUCGAGGUGGACUUCGCCUCGAGCGAUCUCCCCAACCGACCCGAAUUCGUGCAGAACGACGGAGGCGGAACGGUCGGCUCCCAUCAUCACAGGGAGAGGAAGACAAGCAGGGGAGAGAUGGCGCCCGAUUUGCACGACAUCUUAAUCGGGCUACCGCUGAAAGACGAGAACGGGCACGAGCACGAGCACAAGCACGAGCACGAACCUUUGGUGCAGGCACGGCAGCACCGCACCGCUAUAGCUAAUGGCAUGUCUUCAGGAGGUAUGGGCGGCGUCGGGAUACGGCAUCACGGAGGGGCGCGUAUGAGUCCUCUCGAGAUCGGGAUGUACGUCCUUCUCGCGGCCUUCUGUUUCGCCAUCGUCGUCUUCGUCGUUUCCUGCGUGGUCUACGCGAGCAAGUUCAAGCCCCAACCGCCUGAUUCCCCGUUAGCCGGCUCCGCGCUUCCCGUACUGUCCGGAGCAGCGAGGGCAAGAGCUGCGGCCAACCAGUUGGCGUCCGGCAGAAGACCUCCCAGAGAGUCUACAACGAACGCGCACGAUUGGGUAUGGCUGGGGAGAGCCACCCUCGAGAGGGCCGCUUGCGGCCCGCAACAGGUAAGAGUGACCAGCAAUCCCCUGGCCGGCGAAAACGAGGGAGGAGAAGGAGGUGAACUGGCCACUUGCUUCGACAAUCCGAACCAUAUCGAGCUACCCUCGGCCGGGCAGCGUAGCAAUGGAUCGAAUGGGCCGAUCGACACGACCACUUACUGCAAGAGGGACAAGAUGCCGCGAAACAGUUUCGUUACGAAACAAGUAUCGAAACCGUCCACGGUCGUGUCCGCUACAACGAUCCCUACUCCACCAUCCAUGCUUACGUCCACCGUUACUUCCGCCCGGAACGACAACGACGAUAUACCACCACCCCUACCGCCGCACGGGAUACCCGUGGCCGCCGCAGCAGCAAUGGGUCCAACGACGACGACGGCGGCGGCGGCGCAGGCUGCCUCCGUCGGCGCGACGACGGCCAACAACAACGGGAACGAGGAUUACAAACCGCCCGUGCCUCCGCACAGGAACACAGGAGUGAUCGUACGGGUACCGGAAACGCCGAGGAAACACCGGCACAGGGGAUCGAGCGGGAGCGCGGGCAACAUGAACCAGCAGCAGCAACAACACGGGAACAACAAUCAAUCACGGCACAGCAAGCAGAUUCACCAUAUGAAGCCGCAUGGUAAAGCUAGAGUAGCGGGUAGUCCGAAGGAGAAGGAAGCGGAGGAAGAGGAGUUCGUGGAGCUGGCGAAUCACGACGACAACAGGCACGUUACGAAGGACGUGAGGGGCAGGGAGGUGAAGAGGGCGACGAUCGUCGGCAAUCCAAUGUUCUCCUCGUUCUCGACGAACGCGGUCGCCUCCUCGAUGAACGUGUCCACCCCGACCGUGGUCUCAUCCUCCUCGUCGCCGCCUAACUCGUCUCCGUCCUCCUCAGCCGCCUCCUCCUCCUCCUCGUCCUCCUCGUCCUCCUCCUCCUCCUCCUCCUCCUCGUCCGCGUCUUUGUCCCACGAGCAGGAGGAGUCGGUUGCACUGGACGACCUGAACCUCGGCAUGGACUACAACCAGAUCAUGCAGUACUUCGACAAUUUGAAAGAGUCGAACGCCUAGGUAAAGGCGUUCGGCCUCGAAGAAGGCCGAGUAGUCAAGAUCGAUACGAAACCCCGGAUCCAUCGUUGAGAAUGGAUUUGAGAGGAGAGGCAACCGAGCCCGGCCUCGUUCCCCGCUUCCUCUCUAGCGCAUACGUUUCGCAAUUCGAAAGAACCGAUUCCCGGUGGCCGGGCUUGGGCCACCACCACGCGCUUUCGAAACGACGCUCCGGACGUUUCGUAUUUCUAUAGGCUAUAAUCUAGUCAGCUUCCUAGCAGCACAUCAACAAUAUCGCGCAAAAAAACGCAUCGACACACGAGCCACACAGAGACAUACACACCGAUACAUGCGAAUAUACACGGGAAAGAUAUAUAGAGAGAGAGAGAGAGAAAGAGAGAGUGUGAGAGGGAGAGAGGGAGAGCGAGAGCGUAAGCGUAAGCUAUAAGAAGCGCGUGUUCAAUGCGAGUAAUCGAGUAAUAAUACGUAAAGUUACACGCAACGUUGGGCACACAACGUUCACACACACACACAUAUACACAUACACACGUGUAUACACACGCAGAGGCUUUAAAAAAAAAGGUGUGAUGACCGGUGGCCGGGGUAGGAUAGAUAGAUCGCGCGCUCGAUUCGACCAGCUUUCUUUCUCUUUCCUCGACGAUCGAUCGAUCGACCGCCGAUUCUCGCUUCCGCCUCCGUGCGCUAUCGAUAUAUAUAUAUAUAUAUACAUAUACAUAUAUAUAUAUGUAUAUCGCUCAAGCCCUUUCCUCGCGGCAAUCGAACGAAGUCUGCCACGUUCCUGCCAUGCGACAGGGCAUUCGCGAAAAAGUGGCCGGACAAAAAACCCGGGCUCUUUUGUCUCGAGAUCGAUCCUCCUGGCCUCAACCGCCGAUAUAUACCUCGUCCUUUUUUUAUUCGUAUUUCCGCGGCUUUUAUGUUCGUCCGCGCUCCAUCCGGUCUUCUAUCCGUCGGUUCCUAACAAAAAAAAAAGAUAAAAAAACUACUUCUCCACCCCCUCGACCGUUUUUCUCUCCGACUACUACUUCUCCCGUUUUCGCUCGCUUUACUCGUAUUAUUUUUAAACAGUAGCUCGCUCGCCCGAGUCUUCCCGACCGUAAAUCUCCACCACAGUCGAGUGGAGGAGACCGUUAAGAUCGAUAUCGAGACGAAUCGAUGCCGGACACACAGGGCCGAUUUACUUUUCCAAUUUUCGCCGGAGGGAGAAAAAAAAAAAAA